UCCGCCUUUCCCAUCAGUCGGGAAGCCUGGAUCCUGGGCUGGGGGAAGCCACAGCCUUUCCCACCUGGCACCCACUGCCCCCAGCCCCUAGGUACCUGUUCCAAGUCCUGGAGCCCCUUAAAGCUGCCAGUAAAGCCCUAGAAGACUGCAUCCUGGUACAUGAACAGAGCCAGAUUUCACACUGAGCAGCUGCAGACGGAGAAAUCAGAGAAAGCACAAUCCAGCCUCAGAUUCCAAGGGGCCUGCUGGGGACUCUCUCCUCCUGCUCGGAAGGAAGACCCCGAGGCAGCCGUCUCAGGCCAGGGCUUGGCUGCCAUGGGACUCACAGCCACUGCCCCCCGGCUGCCCUCCACACUGCCAGGCAGAUAAGGGUGAGCCCUGCCCAGGAGCACCUGUCACCCCCUGCUGGGCCACUCCUCUGUGGCCAGCCCUUCCUGCACUUUGGGCCACCUUUGCUGACCCGAGGCCAUGUAGGCCCCAAAUCGGGCCUCUGUGGAUAGACACACCGCUCUGCUCUCUAGGAGACCCAGUGCACCACCAUGCCCCGGGGAUUCGCCUGGCUGCGCUAUCUCGGAAUCCUCCUUGGCAUGGCCUUGGGGAAUGAGGGUUUGGAGGUGUGGCCCCUGACCCAGAGCGAGGAGUGUGCUGUCACUGGCUUUCUGCGGGACAAGCUGCAGUACCGGAACCGCCUUCAGUACAUGAAAUACUACUUCCCCAUCAACUACAGGGUCAGGGUGCCUUAUGAGGGGGUGCUCCGAACGGCCAACGUCACCAGGCUGCAGAGGGCCCGGGUGAGCCAGCAGGAGCUGCGGUAUCUGUGGGUCUUGGUGAGUCUCAGUGCUACUGAGUCGGUGCAGGAGGUGCUGCUCGAGGGCCAUCCGUCCUGGAAGUACCUGGAGGAGGUACAUACGCUGCUGCUGGAUGUCAAGCAAGGCCUCCUGGUGAGCCGUGCGGAGGUUCAGGGUGUGGCGGUCAGCCCCCAGGUGGAAGCAGUGUUGUCCCUCCUGAGUGCCCCAGGAAGCCUGAAGCCAGUGCGGCCCAAAGCUCUGCUGGACAACUGCUUCCGGGUCAUGGAGCUGCUGUACUGCUCUUGCUGUAAACAAAGCUCUGUCCUAAAUUGGCAGGACUGUGAGGUGUCAAGGCCUCAGCCUCACAGCCCAGAACCCUCGUCACAGUGUGUGGCCGCCCGGCUGUACCCUCUGCCCCAGCAGCCCCCCACCUCCCUGCCUUACUCCCUGGGAUCCACGGCUGGACCCCCGGCUCAGUGAAGCUGCUGAGGGCACAGGGCGAAGGCCUCCUGCCCGGAGCGGCCUGUGUGGUCACCCAGGUGGGGCAGCUGGAGGAGCUCCUGCAAGAGAUGGACUGGGCCUGAGACUUCGCUGGGUGGUGGUGGGGAGCCCCUCUUGGGAGAGGAGACCCUAGAGGGGUAUUUCUCCUUUGAGGGGGACUCAGUGCCUGAAAAGGGCUCAGCUUCCCACCUUCUGUACCUCCCAUGGUCUCACCUGUAGCGGUGAGGGCAGGAGGCACCUGAAGGUCAAUGAGGACAGAGACUACGGCCCCUCCUGGCACUGCCUGGGCUGCCCCCCUUCCCUGAAGGUCGUGCUGACCGUCUCCUAAGCCCGAAGAGGCCAGAGCUGUACCAGGUGGGCAUGGGGGGGGGGGACACAACUCAGCAAAGCUGGGGAGAGGGCAGCAAAGCUGGGAGUAGGGCAUAGCCAAAUGCCACAUCUUGCCAGUUUCUUUCAUUUUUUCUAUUAAACACCCACUUUGUUUUGGUU